AUGCCGAACGAUCAAGACACAGAGAAACAAGACAACUCCAAAGACAAUAAUAACACCAACAACCGAGAUAAUAAUUCAAACAUGCCUCGUGAUCAGGACUGGCACGACGAGAGCAACCCAUUCGUCGUGUUCCGGCGCUUCGCCGAUGAGCAGGUCUCUUCACUACUCCAGUCCGUCACUGGACUCCCAUCGAAUAUAUCGCGCCCUCAAUCAGACAGAUGGACUAUAUUUAACGAGGACAAUGGCUACGAGGAAAGAAAAUACCGGGAACGCACCGGUGGCGACAAUGCUGGACAUGGCAAUUACGCGCGUGACCAAGGCGCAGAAGGAUCUUCCUCAAGUGGCCAGGACAACAACAACAACAACGGAGGCAACACAUCCGGGCCAUCGCAACCUGGAAAUACGAACGAUAGACACCCCCGAAACCCUCAUCAAGAAAGAAACCACAGUCCCCGCAACGCGCACUCCGACUUCUUCGGCAUCGAGUCCGUCGUCGACCGAUUCGAGGAUCGAUUCUUCCCCUUCUCUCCAUCAUUCCUCCACCCCAGCAAUCGAUACUUCUUUCCCGACAUGUUUGAAGACAGCAGCUCCCCGACCUGGCCCCUCACAUACAUCGCGUUUAGCCCCUACUCGCCUCUCCACCUCGAACACCAAGCCCAUUAUCGCGCACAACGGGACCAGGGCGUCUUCUCGUCUAUAAUGUCUUCUUUCCAACCAGAAUCGGAUCGCGAUCCAAAUGAGCCGCAAUGGCGUGAGGCAUUCGAGGAUCUGCUCCGCUUAGAAAACGGCAAGCCGAUGCUUGACAACGAUACGCUGCAAGCCGGCAAGACCGAAAAUGGAUCAGAAUGGCUGCAUGGCCUCGUGAAACGCGGUAGUCUGGGUGAUCGUUGGAAAUACUCAUCCGGAGGCUCGGUUAGCUCUCCUUGGUCUGGUAUCACUUUCACGGGUACGAGCCACAGUGAUGAUAACCGUGUCUUGCCUGAAUCACGCUCCGAGACCAAGACCGAGACCGAAAACAAAAAGCAGCUCGAGUCGGAAAAUCAACAGGCCGACACGGAAUUGGAUAUGUACGAACGUUUCUUACACGACAUCGAGGAACGGGAGCAACAACUCUUACGGGAGAAGUUGGAAGUCCCCUUGUUCGCUUCCUACUCGAAGAGCGCCGGCACUGAGGACACUGAAAGCUGGCUGGAUCUUGUAUCUGGCGGAAAUCGAAAAUCCGUCCCCGAAAGUCCGCCCGACUUGACUGAGAGGAAGCAGGCGGAUCUUUCGCAAGAACCUACUCCGUCUCGUGUUAUAUCGACCAUGUCUCGGACCGAACGAACGCGCCUGGCCGAUGGCUCUGUUGAAACUAAGAUUGUGAAGACCAAGCGCUAUGCCGAUGGCCGUGAAGAAACAGACGAAUCGGUUGAGGUUACUCAUCCACGCUCGAAUGUUGAGGGUUCUGGCGGGCCCGGCAAUCAGUCAAAAGGUGGCUGGUUCUGGAAGGACUAA